CACAAUCUAAGCGGCCAUCUUUAUAUUAGCAGAGUAUUACCGCUUGGCUUAGUAAAGUUUCAAAAUGCAGUACCCACCAAAUCAUACAAUAUAUAUCCGUAAUUUAAAUGAAAAAAUUAAAAAAGAAGAAGUCAAAAAAUCUUUAUAUGCUAUAUUUUCACAAUUCGGUCAAAUAAUGGACAUUGUUGCAUUAAAAACUUUAAAAAUGAGAGGACAAGCAUUUGUUAUAUUCAAGGAUAUCAAUAGCGCUGCAAAUGCUCUUAAGGCUAUGCAAGGGUUUCCAUUUUAUGAUAAACCAAUGGUUAUUCAAUAUUCGAAAUCAGAUUCAGAUGUAAUUGCUAAAAUGAAGGGAACUUAUGUUGAAAAACCCAAAAGAGAAAAGGAACAAUUGCCUGCAAAUAAAAAAAAGAAAAAAUUACAAAAUGAUACGACUAAUAAUAAUGUACCAUAUGCAAAUUACCAACCUAAACAACAAUCUCAUGAUUCUGAUGUACCAAAUAAUAUAUUAUUCCUUACAAAAUUACCCCCUGAGACAAAUGAAUCAAUGUUGAAUAUGCUAUUUAAUCAAUUUGCAGGAUUUAAUGAAGUAAGGAUGGUUCCAGGAAGGCAUGAUAUUGCUUUUGUAGAAUUUGUUACUGAAAGUCAAGCUACCUCUGCCAAAAGCUCUCUACAAGGCUUUAAAAUUACACCCAGCCAUGCCAUUCAUAUCACAUUUGCUAAAAAAGGAUAAAGGGAUAUCAAACUUAUAUUAUAUAUAGAUUAUAUUUGGUCUUAUAUUUAAUUUCUUUAUAAAUAAUGAAUGAUUAUAAUUUUUUAUUAGGUAUUUUUCAAGUUUUUUUGGUUAAUUUUGUUAAAAAUAUAAAUAUCUAUGUCCUAUUUUUUUCAAAUAGCUUUUAUUGGAGAACAUUCUAUUUUUUUAUAUUGUAUCUACUGUUACAUUUGUGCAUAAAAACCUUCUAUAUAUAAGUGAUGAGAUAAUUUUUAGAGAUGUACCAUCUUCAAUUUUUUUCUGGCUCUUGUACUUUAUAAUAAAAUUUAAUUAGCUGUUCCA